AUGGGUUCACCAGAAGAGAAAGCCGAUGAGAAACCGUUUCUCCCCCCACCUGCUACAUCCGCAUAUGUUAAACGCCAAAAGCAACACCCACCCGCCAUUAUAUUAUUAGUAGUUGCAUUUUACUGGUUCAUUUCUAUAUCGGUUGUAUUUCUGAAUAAAUAUAUUUUGAGUAGUUCAGAAUAUAAAUUUCCAUAUCCUUUAUUUGUCACUUGGUUUCAAAUGGUCGUCGCUUUGGGUCCUAGCUGGAUGAAUAACACUCUCUAUACUCUGAGCAGAUAUAAGUUAUUUUCCCUUAUACCACCUUACGAGUUUGAUUUGAGCAUCGCGCGUAAGGUCGCUCCCUUGACGCUUACAUAUGUUAUGAUGCUAGCAUUCAAUAAUUUAUGUCUGCAAUACGUUGAAGUUACUUUCUAUCAGGUCGCUCGAUCUUUAUCUAUAAUAUUUAAUAUCAUAUUCACCUAUACUCUACUCGGGGCCAAAACUACUAUACCCGCCUUAUUUGCUUGUAUCAUAGUAUUCUUUGGUUUUGCGAUCGGAUCAUACGGAGAAAUUAACUUUUCAUGGCAAGGAAUCAUUUAUGGUGUCACGUCGAGUGCUUUUGUAGCGUUAUAUGGAAUAUACGUGAAGAAGACAUUGAUGGUGCUAGAAAAAAAUGAAUGGCGUCUUCUUCAUUAUAAUACCACACUUUCGAUAAUUUUACUUCUACCGAUGGUAUUAUUUUCCGGAGAACCGGAAAAAAUAUACAUGGACGCGUACUUUAUUGACGAAACUGGGUUCUGGAUGUUGAUGAUAUUCACGGGAAUCACGGGAUUCGUGAUUAAUAUUGCGAUGUUUUUGCAGAUUAAAUUCACGACCCCAUUGACAAACACGAUUUCGGGUACGGCAAAAAGUUGUUUCCAAACGGCGCUUGCCGCUUGGUAUUUCCAGAAUCCGAUUUCAGCUAUGGUAAUGAUUGCUUUUUGA